AUGGCUGAGAAGAAAGAGCCUGAUGCCCGCCUUUUGUGGGUUGAGAAGAGGGUGUUUGCGGCGUUCGGAAUGAAACGACACGUGUGGGAGAAAUUCAGGAGAGCUUUCGAAACUGACGAAAACUCCUUGAAAUCAGUUGUCAAUUUUCUGGACGAUGCCGAGAACCAUUUCGUUCUCUUCCAGACGGGAAGCUCGCCUGACACCGUUAUCGCAUCUGUUCACGAAGUUCCGCAACCCUGUCAGAUGGGAAAGAAGAAAAACCUUUUAAUGUUGAGAGCGGAGAGAAAUGUUGUCAUCACGAGCGAGAAUGUCGAGUCGACCAUCCUCUGUCUAGAGGUCACAGCUGCGAUCAUGGAAAUGCUCCAUGAGAUGUGCAGCGCCGUCUACCUUAGCACUUUGUCAAAUCCCGCUAACCAAGCGGGUCUUUCACAUUUUGUAACGAAGGACAUUCUUGAAAAGUAUAACCGGUUUCUGGCAAAAUUGCACGCAACCGUGGGGGUGAUGAGCGGGCGGACCCUCUUGCCGACACCUCCGGACGAUCUCCCGGGCGACAGUUCGACUUCAGAAAAGCUACAUCUUUACGAGGACUCAGUGAUCAUGUGGACAAAACAAAUUCGUCUUGUGUUGGAGAAGAACCCCGCUCAGUCUCUGAACGACGGCCAGAAUCCUGAACCCCUUGAAGAAAUCCAAUUCUGGGAAAAUCGAGCCGCAAAUUUGGACUCGGUCAGCGAGCAGCUGGCAGACGAAGCGGUACUCCAUGUCCAACAGUUCCUCCAACAAAAUGAAAGCACAUACGUCUCUCCCUUCAACAAACUACGUAGAGAAGUUGAAGUCGCACGCGAAGAGGCCAGAGAUAACGUCAAGUUUCUCUCUACGUUGAAGCCGCUAGUGCGAUUGAUGGACGAGACAAUUGAUUUUACGACGCUCGAAAAUCUCUUUGAGCCGAUUCUACAGAACAUUUUGCUGAUAUGGGAACACUCUGAGUUCUACAAUACCCCGGCACGUCUCGUUGUGCUGAUGAAGGAAAUAUGCAAUGCCAUAAUUGCUCAAGCGCUUCGAUACAUCAGCGGGAAGGAGGUCUUCAAGCAUAUUCAGAACGACGACCCCAAGGAAGCCCUCGACAAGCUUGGGACGGCUCUCACAGUGUGCAACAACUUCAAAAAGGUCUAUCUGAAGUACCGCAGCCAGGCAGAAAGGGAUGGAUGUCCCUGGCAAACAAAGAAUGAGGCUCUCUUUUUGCGCCUGGAUACAUACAGAGAGCGCAAUAAGGCCCUCCACGACUUUACUAAAACGGUGGUGCAGUUUAACAAGUUGGAAAAAAUCGAAAUUUGUGGCACAAAAGGAAAGGCCCUAACAAACAACGUUUUGACUUUGUUCGAGGAAUUCAAGAGCCUCGUCGACGAUUUUCAGCAGGUCGACUACGACGUCAUGGAUGUCGACUGUACACAGCUAGAUGACCACUUCUACAGGUUCCGAUGUAACGUCAAGGAGCUGGAGCAGAGGCUGACGUCUGUGCUGACGGCGGGCUUCGACGACAGCAACACUAUCUUAGGUAGGAUCAAACUGUUUGAGUCGUUUGGGAGCCUCCUGGACAGACCAAUCAUCAAAGACGAGCUGGAGAAGAAACAUGCUCUCUUGCUUCAACAGUACAAACAAGACGUGAAGGAAGUGCAGAAGAUUUUCAAAGAAGGCUGUGCAGCCAUCCAGCAGCAAGCAGGAAACGUACCAGGCUUUGCAAACCAACCUCCUGUUGCAGGAGCCCUCUUUUGGGCACGUGCCCUGAGAGAGCGAGUAGAAGAGCCUAUGCAGCGUCUGUUGGUCUUCAGCAAGAGCGUCCAGGAAAAACCCGAAGAGUUCAAGGAGGUCGAGAAACAGUACCACUGCGUUGUCAGGGCCAUUCGAGAGUACGAAGAAGAGAUACGCACACGGUGGGGAGACACGUCUGUGGAACCUACUAAGGAGAAGCUCGGAGAUCUUCUCCUCCGGCGAACGGAGAACGGUCUCCUCAAGGUCAACUUCGAUCCGGCACUCACUCGCCUAAUGCGAGAGGUGAAGUACCUCGAAAUGCAGGAUCUUCCUGUUCCUGGCGGAGCGCGUGAAGUGUACUCGAAAUUCGACACCUACCGCCGGCAGACCGACAGCUUGGAAUUGAUUGUUUCAAUGUACAACCAAAUUCUGACGGAGUUGCUUCCUAACGAGAGGCCCUUGCUUUUUGAAAGAAUUGAAAGAAUCAACGCAAUUCUGGCUCCUGGCCUCGCACAGCUACGAUGGCAGUACUCGGAGGAAGUCGACGUCUUCCUCGGCCAGGCAAUGACUGUCGUGACCGAGGUAUUCGGGAUCUGCAACACGAUGAAGGCGACCAUCCAAAAGAUCAUCGGAAUUCUGGGAAGCUGGGCAGAGAAGCCUCUCUUCGAACGCAAACCUAAGCCACUGUCCCCAGAUGACAUCGACCAGAUGCUGCGUGCCAGUGUGUCGAUCCGGCAUCACCAGAUGAGCGAGGAGGGGAAGGAAAUUCACAAACUUCUGAAGGACUCUGCAGAUGCACUCAAAACAAGCAAAGGUGCCCCUCAAUGGAGGAUGCAUGGAGACUUCGUCAAUUCCCUUGUCAUCCAAGGGUUUACGGCCCUUAUAGUCAUCUCCUUGAAGCAGCUGUGCAAGACUCUUGAGGCAGCCAUGCAACCUAAGCCGGAGGCCGCCCCGCUGUUUGAAGUUAAGCUCGAGCUCGUUGGAAAUACCAUUGACUUUGUCCCGUCUUUUGAACAUGACAAGAGAGGAAACCCGGGAAUUCGGGAUCUGUUUGACCAGUGGAUCAGUGACUUCUACAAAUGUGCCACAACCGUCGCGCGGCUAGACUCUGGAAGUGGAGACUACCUAAAUGAAGUGAAGGACAAUUUCGUAGUUAUGGCAGUACGGUCUCGCUUGACGAAGCUGCUCGACGCAACGAAACAAAAGUUGAAUGAGUAUCUCCUCACCUUCGAGGAAUACUCGUUCCUGUGGAAGAGAGACAUCCGAGACGUUCUGGAAGAGUUUCUUUCGGACGACCCACGAGAACUCGUCGAGGAUUGGACCGACUCAGAAAGCGAGUCGUUCAACCAAAUCAUGGAAGUGAUUGGGGUCGACCCUGGAAGACCCAUUCCUCCGUUGUCGAGGUUCGAUGAGAAGAUCAGCUACUUCCAGAAAAUCCGGAACGAGAUUUCCAACUUCAAGACGCCUGUUGAUAUUUGCUGGGUCCGAGUCAACGCGCAGCCGACGAAAAUUCAGUUGAGUCAGUUGGCGACAAAGUGGGCAAAUCAGUAUACCAGCUUUCUCCACGAUUUCUGCGUCGCGCGUAUCGAUGGAGUCACCGGCUUCAUCAACAAGAUGCUGGGUUACCUCCAUGGCGACAUUCCCUUUGAGGACGACGAAAACAAAGAGGCACUUUACAGCGUCAUGACUAACAUUCGCGAUGUGAAAAUCGCCAUCGACGCCAUCAAAACUCUCUUUGUUCCCAUUCGAGAACAGGUGGCUUUGCUGAAGAAGCAUGGCUGUUCGAUCUCGGAGGAGCGUCUGGUCGCUCUUGAGGCUGCGCCUUCCAAAUGGGAGGAAGUGGUUCGAAGGGCGUUUGAAAUUAAGGAGGCGAUUUUGCCGAUGCAGAUGCAGGAAAUGUCAAACAUAAAGCAGACUUUGGCGACGUUCAGCGACGAGGUUCAGAGCUUCCGAGAAGAGUUCUUGAGAGAGGCGCCGUUUCGCCAUGAUUUCCCUCGCGCAGAAGUGUACAAGUGCCUGGACAGCUUCUACAAGAGAACGACUGUGAUGGAAAGUCGAGCGAAGGAUUUCAACAAUUUAGAAAUGCUCUUCGAUAUGGCAAAGUCCGGAUACAGACAACUGAAAGACACCUUUGUUGAUCUAAGGCUUUUAAAGCGAAUCUGGGAUGUCAUUGAACUCUGGACAUUCUCCUUCGAUGAUUGGAAGUCAACGCUGUGGAACCAAAUCGACACAGAUGAUCUCCUUCUUCGAGUAAAGGAAAUGCAGCAGCAACUCAAGGCUCUGCCCAAGGAAAUCAAGUCGAUACGUCUUUUUGCAUGGCUGCAAGGAGAAGUGACAAAUACGCAGAUUGCUUUGCCUCUCAUCAACGACCUUCAUUCAGAGUUCAUGCGCGAUCGUCACUGGACGCAGCUGAUGGCUGUGGCUGGCAAAACGUUUACGAAAGGCAAGGAAAAGGAGACAACGGAGACACUUCCGGUCGCCUUUGUGGGGUGUCUUGAAGAAGCAGCCUCACGUCCAGACUUCAGUUUGGAGGACCUGCUGAAGCUUCGACUGCACGAGCAUGCAGACGGAGUGUCAGAUAUUGUGGUCUUGGCACAGAAGGAGGCGAAGAUCGACAAGAAGAUCAACGAAAUCUCGAAUGUCUGGUCAACCCUUUCUCUCCAUUUCAACUUCGAAAGAGAAGACGUCCCGCUGCUUGAGCCACUCGACGAGGUGAUCGAGGUUUUAGAACAGCAUGCGAUGGACCUCAUGACGAUGGUCUCUCAGGGCAACGUCAUCAGCUUCUGUCGGGGCGUCGUCGACGAAUGGCAGAACAAACUUCGGACUGUCGACUCGGUUCUCAAAGUCUGGAUGGAGCUCCAGAAUAAGUGGCAGCGCUUGCAGCCGAUUUUCAUGCAGUCGGAUGACAUUCGGUCGCAGCUUCCCGAAGACUCCAAGCGGUUCGAAGCCGCAGACGGCGAGUGGAAAGAUAUGAUGUCUGGCGCAGCACAGCACCCCAACAUCGUUGAGUCUUGCCACUUCGAGGGGCGCUUCGAGCUCCUCCUCAAACUCAGAGAAAUGAUCGAAUCCUGCGAAAAAGCUCUCAGCGAUUAUCUGGAACAAAAGAAGAAGGCUUUUGCUCGGUUCUACUUUGUUUCCAACCAAGCUCUGUUGGACAUUUUGGCUAACGGGAACGACCCAAUAAAAGUGUGUUAUUACCUUGGAGACUGCUUCGAUGGCAUCAAGAUGCUCGACUUUCAGAAAGAUCCGGUGCAUGCAAGGGUGGCGUGCGGAAUGUUUUCGAAGGAAGACGAAUACGUCCCUUUUGGAGAAGACUACCACUUAGAAGGCCCUGUUGAAACAUACCUGGCAAAUCUGGAGACGCACGUCCGCAAACAGCUUCACGACGUCCUCGAAGUUGCGAAGAUCAACGCUGAGAACUGGGAAGUCGACAAACCCAGAGAAGAGUGGCUUCGCGACUACUGCGCCCAGGUCGCUCUGGUGGCGAGUCAAAUCAUCUGGACGGACGAAGUUUCUCGUUGCUUCGAGGAGUUGGAGGGAGGCUCUGAAAACGCCAUGAAAGACUACAAACGCGUCUACGACGACAGAAUCGAGAAACUCAUUCGGCAGGUUCAACAAGACCUUCCGACGGACCUUCGCGUUAAAAUCAUCACACUCAUUACCAUCGAUGUGCAUGCGCGAGACGUCGUUGAGUCGUUCAUCACAAAAAAGCUCACAGAAGCCAGCGCGUUUCAGUGGCAGUCGCAGCUGCGCUUCUACUGGGCGCAGAAGCCUGGCGAGGAGAAGAAGACGUGUUUGGUUCGCAUGUGCGACUGGUCCACGACCUACAUGUAUGAAUAUGUGGGCAACUGUGGACGCCUGGUCAUCACGCCUCUCACAGACAGAUGCUACAUCACUCUCACUCAGGCACUCAACCUGAUAAUGGGAGGAGCGCCAGCAGGCCCGGCAGGAACGGGGAAGACCGAGACCACCAAGGACCUGAGUCGAGCGAUUGGCUUGCCAGUCUUUGUCUUCAACUGCUCAGACCAGAUGAAUUAUUUGUCGAUGGCACAGAUUUUCAUGGGUUUGGCGCAGUCUGGAGCUUGGGGGUGUUUCGACGAGUUCAACCGCAUAUCCAUCGAAGUGCUGUCCGUCGUCUCCACGCAAGUCAAGUCGAUCUUAGAUGCGAUCAAGGAAGGCAAGAAACGGUUUCAAUUCAUGGAUGAGGAAAUCCACCUCAUCCCUACGUGCGGCUUCUUCAUCACCAUGAAUCCUGGAUACGCAGGGCGAACGGAGCUGCCAGAAAACUUGAAGGCGCUUUUCAGGUCCUGCGCGAUGAUCAUCCCUGAUGUGCUGUUCAUCUGCGAAAACAUGCUGAUGUCGGAGGGAUUCAUCAACGCCAGGGCGUUAGCGCACAAAUUCGUCACGCUCUACUCGCUGUGCAGUGCCUUGCUCUCCAAAGCGCUGCACUACGACUGGGGGCUCAGAGCCGUCAAAGCUGUGCUGAGACAAGCAGGUUCGCUCAAGCGUGCAGACACAGCAGUGGACGAAGAAAUGCUUCUCAUGAGAGCUUUAAGAGACUUCAACAUCGCGAAAAUCACCACAGACGACAAGCCGAUUUUCCUUCGCUUGAUCGAGGACUUGUUUCCCGGUAUCCAAGCUCCAUCGAAGCGCGACGCACAACUUUGGAAAGCCGUCACAAACGUGACGAAGAAGCAAAAGCUGCAGGCGGAGGAACAAUUCGUCCUCAAGUGUGUGCAGCUCCACGAGAUUCUCUCAGUUCGCCACUGUUUGUUCGUGCUCGGUCCGCCUGGGUGCAGCAAGUCGUGCGUGUGGAAGACGCUGAAUAAAGCACUCAUCUCCCUCGGCCAGGAAGCGGUGUUUGAAGCUCUCAAUCCGAAAGCGAUUUCCUCCAGUGAACUUUACGGGUACAUGACGCCCAGCAAAGAGUGGAAGGAUGGAGCAAUCGCAGUGGUGAUGCGAAACAUGUCGAAGGAACGAGGACGGUUCAAGUCUUCGCAGCUGCACAAAUGGAUCGUUUUAGAUGGCGACAUCGACGCAGAAUGGAUUGAGUCGAUGAACACGGUGAUGGACGACAACAAAGUUCUCACUCUCGUGAGCAAUGAGAGAAUUCCAUUCACAAACACCAUGCGGAUGCUCUUCGAAGUGGCCGACAUGAAGCAUGCAAGUCCAGCAACAGUUUCAAGAGGAGGCGUCUUGUUCAUCAACGAAAACGAUGUUGGGUGGAAGCCGUUUCUUGUUUCUUGGAGAGAAACGCUUCCCGAUCAGAUUGCUCAGUCUCAGUUCUACUUGCUCUUCUCCUACUACUUUGAACAGAACAUUGACACAUUCCGGAAAAACUUCAAGUUCAUUUGCCCAAUGAACGACAUUGCAUUCGUCGAGAGCAUUUGUUGCUUUAUCGACGCCAUGCUGUAUAACAACACCAAGGAGAACAUGGAACUGCUGAGAUCGAAGUCUCCAGAUGAACAGAAACUCGUCUACGAGGCGUACUUCGUCGUUGCUCUCAUGUGGACGGUCGGGGGAUGUCUUGCGGACGACAAAGUUGUAAACUACAGAAACCAGUUCAACAGCUGGCUGCGGAGUGCCUCGAAGAUCAAGUUUCCUGAGGGCGGACUCUGCUUCGACUACAGAUUUGACGAAGUGUCUUGUCAAUGGGUUCCUUGGGCGCAAGACCUCUUGCCGUACCAGCCUGCCCCAGACACAAUCUUCACAAACAUUGUCGUCUCAACAGUCGACACCGUUCGGCUGCACUUUGUUGCCGACCUCCACGUUCGAAGAAGAAAGCCGCUGCUUCUCGUUGGCUCCUCCGGGACAGGAAAAACAACGAUUAUCAAGGAUUACCUUCGAGGAUUGCCGGACGAGAUUCUGUCUACGACGGUUAACUUGAAUUCUUACACAGACUCGCGUACGCUUCAGGCGAUCAUUGAAAACAACAUUGAGAAAAGGACGGGUCACUCGUACGGCCCAGCUGGAAACAAGCGAAUUGUGUUCUACAUUGACGACUUCAACAUGCCGUUCGUGGACAAGUACGAGACGCAGGCGCCGCUGGAGCUCUUGCGCCAGCUCGUGGAUUACCGUUCGAUGUUCGACCGGGACCGACUCGACGAGAGGAAACAAGUCGUGGACGUCCAGUACAUGGCGAGCAUGAAUCCGACUGCGGGGUCCUUUAACAUCAGCGCGCGUCUCCAGCGACAUUUUACUGUGAUUGCGUGCUUUCCACCGGACGCCGAGAACAUCGCGAGGAUCUAUGGUUCCAUCCUCCGACACCACCUCUUGCCUUUCGACUCGGCGAUUCAGGCGCUCGAGGGUUCUCUGGUGCAGGCAACCAUUGACAUGUUCCACACCCUGCGCGCCUCUCCCGCCUUCUUGCCUUCUGCCAAGAAGUUCCACUACAUCUUCAGUUUGAGAGACUUGUCGUUCAUCUUCCAGGGCGUUCUCCAGUCCAAAGCUGCCAUGUACACGCAAGUCUCUGGGGGCACAACAAAGUUCGUUCGCCUCUGGAUGCACGAGGCAUCCCGCGUCGUUCGCGACCGCUUGGUCGACGGGGCAGACGCAAAGGCGUUCGACGAAAUCUUGGCCAAGACUGCCAAGAAAUUCUUCCCCGACGAGAAACCUGACGCCCUUCUUCAAACGCCGAAUGUCAUGACCUCCUUCGUCUCCGAAAGCGGCGGGAACGACCGAGUGUACUUGCCCAUUCGAGACAUGGAUCAACUGAAGCAAGUGCUUGACGAGAAACUCGAAGAGUACUCUCAAGCGUACGUCGAAAUGCCUCUAGUUCUCUUCGACGAUGCCAUGGAGCACGUCGCUCGCGUCUGUCGGAUCAUCGACCAGCCUGGAGGGAACGCCCUUCUCGUCGGGGUCGGGGGCUCGGGAAAACAGAGUCUCUCGAGGCUCGCGGCUUUCAUCUCAAAAAUGGAAAUGUUCCAAAUCAUGGUCAACCAACACUACGACCGCACGGCCUUCAAAACAGACCUACAGUUACUGAAUAAAGCAGCCGUCAGACCGGGGACACCGCAUGCGUUCCUUUUGACGGACCAGCAAAUCGUCGACGAGGGGUUUCUCGUUUUCAUCAACGACCUCCUGGCUUCCGGAAACAUUCCAGAGUUGUUCACGCGAGAAGAACUUGACACCCUUUUGUCUUCUCUGAGGAAGCAGGCGAAGGCCGCGAAUGUCGCUGAUACGCGGGAGGGUCUGACGCAGUUUUUCACAGACAAGCUUCGUCGGAAUUUGCAUGUAAUUCUGUGCCAUUCUCCAGUUGGAGAAGCCCUGCGAGUGCGCGCUCGAAAGUUUCCUGCAAUUGUGUCAGGAACUGUCAUGGACCAGUUCCAUUCGUGGCCGCGGGACGCCUUGGUGCAUGUCGCCCUGCGAUUUAUUCGAGAUCUGGACCUUCCGUCUGCGGAGCUUCACUCGGCACUGGCUGAACACAUGGCGUCGGUGCAUCUGUCGGUGGAUCCGGCGAACCAGCGGUUCUACGAGGUCGAGAGGCGGCACAACUACACGACGCCGAAGUCGUUUCUGGAGCUGAUUGACUUCUACAAAUCGUUUCUCGUGGGCAAGCGACUCGACAUCGACAAGAACAUCGAGCGCCUGCGGCGCGGUCUGGGCACACUCGAAGAGACGCGCGUGAAAGUCGAGGGACUGCGGGAAGACCUCAGGGAGAAGAUGGUGAAGGUCGACGAGCAGAAGGCUGCGGUCGACUUGCUGAUUGAGCAGGUGGCGAAGGCGUCUGCCGUCGCCGAAGAAGAGUCGAGGAUUGCCAACGAGGAGAACGAGCGGGCGAAUGAGGCGGCGGAGGAGGCGAGUUCGAUCCAGAAGAAAGCAGACGAAGAACUCUCCGAGGCCUUGCCUGCGAUGGAGAGAGCGAGAGAAGCUGUCAAGUGCCUCACGAAACCUGCGAUUCAGGAACUCAAGGCGCUAGGCAAACCUCCAGCCGAGUGCAUGGAGGUGACAAAGGCCGUUUUGAUCAUGAGAGGCGAACUCAAGAACACAGACUGGAAAGCCUCCCAGAAAAUGAUGAAUGAUCCAGGCAAAUUCCUAGACCAGGUGCGCGCCUUCGAUGCCGAGAACAUGACGCAGGAGACUGUGGCGCUGAUAGAGCCGAUUAUUUCUCAGCCGUUCUUUAACUUCGAGGUCAUGAAGGGGAAGUCGCUGGCUGCGGCUUACCUGGCGAACUGGGUAGUUAACAUUGUCGCAUACAACAACAUUUACAGGAAGGUAAAGCCGCUGAUGGACGCAUUCGCUCAAGCGACAGAAAGCAGACAGAAAGCCGAAGCUGCUCUCGCCGUUGUUCAAGAAAGAGUCAAGGAACUGAAUGAGCGGCUCGCGAAGCUGAACGCGAAAAUGCAAGACGCUGAUGAAGAGAAGGGUCGCGUCCUUGCAGAAGCAGAAGAAUGUCAGCUGAAAUUAGACUUGGCUGAAAGACUUGUCAAUGGAUUAGCUGAUGAAAACACUCGGUGGACGGCGAGCGUUGACCAACUUGAAAAUUCAAAGGUCACCGUCAUUGGAGAUGCGAUGCUUGCCUCGGCGUUCGUCUCCUACGUUGGAGCAUUCACUUCACCUUUCAGGGUCUCUCUCAUUGAGGGAACCUGGAAGGUUGAUUUAACGCAGAGGGCGAUUCCCUUCAGUGGAGACGUGACGCCUCUGGAGGUGCUGGCCGACGAGGCAGACAUGGCGCGAUGGAAGAACGACGGAUUGCCCGCUGACCGCACGUCAAUUGAAAACGCUGCGAUUGUCACGUCGUGUUCUCGGUGGCCGCUGCUGAUCGAUCCACAGCUGCAAGGAGUGAAGUGGAUCAAGCAGAAGGAGCGGGACAGUCUCGUUACUGUCCAGACAACUCGGCAAAAGAAGUGGAUACAGAAAGUGAUGGAGGCAAUGCGAAACGGGGACUUUCUGCUCAUCGAGGGAAUUGGAGAAGAAAUCGACGCCAUUCUCGACCCUCUCCUCGCUCGAGCCGUCGUCAAAAAGGGCCGCAGCUCUCUGAUCAAGCUCGCCGGCGAAGACGUCGAAUUCCUGCCAAAGUUCACGCUGGCGCUGCAAACAAAGCUGUCGAAUCCACACUACGCGCCGGAGGUUGCUGCGCAGUGCACGGUGGUGAACUUCACAGUCACUCCGGAAGGUCUGGAGGAGCAGAUUUUGGCGCUGAUUGUCAACGCUGAGCAGCCUGACUUGGAGCACACAAAGCGGGAGCUGGUCCGGAAGCAGAACGAAUUCAAAGUCGCACUUGCGCAACUCGAAGACGCCCUUCUUGUCCAGCUCUCGAAUGCAGACCCCGCGACCAUUCUCUCCAACACAGAGCUCGUCGAGGGCCUGGAAACCACCAAGAACACAGCCACAGAAAUCCAGGAACAGGCAGUGGAAGCGAAGAAGACUGAAGCGAAGAUCAACGAGAGUCGAGAAACCUAUCGCGACGCUGCUGCAGAAGCAGCGAUGCUAUAUUUCCUCCUCACGCAACUGUGGAGCAUCAACCCCAUGUACCAGUAUUCGUUAGAUUCAUUUGUAACCUUUCUCUACAAGGCGAUCGACAAGACGGAGGCGUACGCCUCGUACGCAGAGCGCUGUGCAGCACUGGUUCAGUCGAUUCGAAAGACGGUCUUCACUUGGGUCGCUCGCGGCUUGUUCGAAAGGCACAAGCUGACGUUUGUGGCGCUUCUCACCUUCCGCCUUCUUCAGCGAGGAGUUCUGGGCGACGCGUUCGACGCUGAGUGCUUCAACUUCCUUCUUCGGGGACCGACCAAGGUAGUGCCGGAGAAUCCCCUGGCAGACUGGCUGCCGAACGCCGCGUGGUACGCCGUGCAGAAGCUGAUCGAGAUCCCUGGAUUCGAGGCGUUCGCCACAAACAUUGAACGCGACGCGCCGUCGAGAUUCAAGGAGUGGAUCCAAGAACUCCACCCUGAGGCCGUCAAGCUCCCUCUGGACUGGAAGCGCCUCGACUCCCAGCCGUUCAGAAAACUCAUGGUCCUCCGUUGUCUCCGCCCAGAUCGGAUGACGACGGCGAUUGCGGAGUACAUUCGCGCCAUCUUGCCCAGCGGUUCGGAGUUCAUUGAUGGAGACGCAGCGUUGUCUUUCAAAGACAUCCUCGAGUCCUCUUUCAAGGAUUCAGCAAACACAACUCCGAUUUUUUUCAUUCUCUCCCCCGGCGCCGACCCUGUGAAGGAAGUGGAGUCCAUGGGGAAAAAGACAGGAUACACCGCAAACUUCAACUUCCACAAUAUCGCCAUGGGCCAGGGUCAAGACACCGUGGCACUGCAGAAACUCGACUUCGCCUCAAAGGAAGGCCACUGGGUCAUGUUACAGAACAUUCACCUGAUGCCACGCUGGACUGUCGAACUCGAGAAGAAGCUCGACGCCUUCGCCGCCGAGGGGUCGCACCCUGACUUCCGUUGCUUUCUCUCGUCCGAUCCUUGCGACUACAUUCCUGUCGGCAUUCUCGAGCGAUCAAUCAAACUUACAAACGAGCCUCCGCAAGGCCUGAAGGCAAACUUCAAACGCGCCUUCGCCUUCUUCUCCAGAGACGACUUCGACGAGAAAGAUCAAAAGAUCAAGGCCACUCUCUUCGGGCUCUGCUUUUUCCACGCGGUCAUGCUGGAGAGGAAGAAAUUCGGCUCUCGGGGGUGGAACAUGACGUAUCCGUUCUCGAUUGGAGAUCUGCGCGACUCCUCACUCGUUCUGUUCAACUAUUUGGAGACUCAGAACGCCGUCAAAGUUCCCUGGGAUGAUCUGCGAUACAUUUUCGGCGAAAUCAUGUACGGAGGUCACAUCAUCGACGUCCGCGACAGAUUGCUGUGCAACACAUACUUGGACUUCUUCAUGCAGGAUCGACUUCUCGAUGAGGCAGAACUGUUUCCUUUUUGCGAGGGCCGCGACGGAGUUUCCUUCAGAACGCCUGCGCCUCAGAGCUACGAACGAUACUUGGAGAGCAUCGAGGGAAUGCCUCAGGAGACGCCCUUGGCCUUUGGGCUCCAUCCCAACGCCGAAAUCGGCUACCGUACUCAGCAGUGCAAUGAAUUGUUCGCCACUCUUCUGCAGCUGCAGCCGAGAAAGGCCUCUGCGGAGGGGGGGGCCGGCAGUCAGGGAGGCCAGAUGCAUGCCGAACAAGUUUGCCACGAAAUCUUGGAGGAGAUGGGGGAUUCUAGAUUCGAUAUCGAGGAAAUCUCGCAAGCGAUUCCGGACGAGGAGAAAGGACCCUAUCAGCAUGUCUUUCUGCAGGAGUGCCAGUGCAUGAACGUCUUGGUGACGGAAAUGAUUCGCUCUCUGAGUGAACUGGAACUGGGAUUCAAAGGAGAACUCACAAUGUCUUCUCUCAUGGAAGAUCUUGCCGCCAAUCUCGUCCUCGACAAGGUUCCCCCGAGCUGGACAAAACUGGCGUUCCCGUCAACGCGUCCGCUCGGGUCGUGGCUGGGCAAUCUGAAGGAGAGAAUCGAGCACCUGCAGGAGUGGACAAAGGAGCCUCUGACGCUCCCGAAAGUUGUAGAUCUCUCCAAGCUCUUCAGUCCACAGUCGUUUCUGACCGCAGUCAAAGAAGUAGCUUCCCAACAGCAUCAGCUGGAACUCAACAAGCUGGUCAUUGUGACCGCCGUGACAAAGAAGGACGUCUCCUCUGUAGACGCUGCUGCCAGAGACGGCGCCUUCGUCACGGGUCUCCACCUAGACGGCGCACGGUGGGACAUGGCGUCCAGCUGUCUCGAGGAAUCGCGGCCGAAGGAAUUGUUUUGUGCCUUGCCAGUUGUCCACUGCAAAGCCGAACUGGGCUCCAAGAAGGAAGACAGCGGGACGUACAUUUGCCCCGUGUACCGCACGCAACAGCGAGGAGCGACUUUUAUCUUCGACGCUCAACUGCGGACCAAGUAUCCUUCAGCGAAGUGGAUCAUGGGAGGCGUGGCGAUGAUUCUCGACAUCGGCGUCUCUCUCUAG